AUGGAUGAUUAUCUGAAUGAGACUUCAAUUGCGGACACCUUAAACCCUGUGUCAAAAUCUAAUUUAUCGUUACCCAUCGCAGCCGAUAUUCCUCUUGAAAUCUUUGCAAACAUUUGCAAAUACCUACCGCCUUUCGUCUUAUCCAAGUUAACGAGAGUAUGCAAACAAUACCGAACAUAUCUGAUGUCCUCCGCGAACCAGUAUAUCUGGCGUACAUCACGAUUAGAAUUCCUCAGUUAUCCAAAGCCCCUUCCGGAAGGCAUGACAGAACAAGACUUUUUCAAGCUUACGUCAACUAUGAGGGGCUGCCAAUUCUGUGGUACUCGUAAAUCUCGAAUUACGCUUCACUGGGAGUUCAGGGUCCGCUGUUGUGAUGAAUGCUACCAAACUAAAACAAUAAAAUUAACUAAGGAUGCUGUUCCCCUUGAAGUUGAUGGCCAAAAAAUACCCGAGGAACUAAAAUCAUGUCUUUCAUAUCAAAAUCCAUCACAUAGAAACUUAUUUUUUGGGGUCCAAGUAAAACAAAAAGUAUUCUGGAUUCCUGAAAUAACGGCUACUGCACGAGAAUACGAAAACGUCUCUUGCUCUGAACGUCAGGAAUGGAUCCUCAAAAGACAAAAAAAGAAAGAUUGUUGGUUGAAAGACUUCAAGUCCGAGUUUAGGAAGGAAAUGACUAAUUGGAAAAAUGAAAUCCUACAUAGGUAUAACACCGAAAAAUCUUAUCUACUGGAGGGCGUCCUUAAAAGAAAUCCUGCAAAGAAUUGCGAUCUUUUAAAACAAUACGCACGCACAGCAAGUACGGUAGCUCCUCCGAGAUUUUACGGAUUUAAGCUGAACGAAAAUGAUUGGUCUAUUUGGCAUAAUAGCGCGGCAAAUAAACUUAUAGAAAAAAUUGCAGGGACACGAAAGAAGGAAAUUCAGAAAAAAAUACGUUCUUUGAUCUCACCUCAGCCAAAGUCAAACGCGCACGUUGUAAAGAAAGUGCAAUACUUUAAAAAUCCUCAGCUAAAAUCAAACACACAUGUUGUAAAGGAAGUGCAAUACUUUAAAAACCCUCCAUUGCAGAAUAAUAUAGAAAUAUCCGCAGGCUCGACCAGCAUCGAAAGAUCGAAUCAAUUCGUCAUAUUGCCCACGGACCCACUUCUAAAAUGCUUUAACAUCUGCCCUUCCUAUAUUAAUCCUCCAUAUCAUGACAAUGAUCUGACGAAACCGUGGGAGGAAAAAUUUUUGACGAACACCUUGAUUCCCCGACUUCAAGAGGAAGCAGCCAAACUUUAUAAAUGUUAUUAUGGCAUGACAGAGGCGUGGGCGCGACAAGUCAAAUGUGCUUGUGAAUUUGGUUUGGAUUCAUUUCCUGUUUUUACUUGUCGUAUUUGCGGCAUCGCAUCCCAAGGAAUUCGUAUUUUCAAAUUUCAGAACAUUAAACAGCAUCUUCGAUCGCAACAUCUAAUUUUUGACUCUUAUGCGGAUCAUAUUGGUGUCGAUGCCGAAGAAGCUAUUUAUCAUUUUUGGCGUUCGGAAAACGGAUUACUUUUCAACGAUAAAUAUAUAUAUCAUUUUAACAUUCCAUUUAUAAAUAAUUAA